GCCAGGGAGCGUUUCAGCAGCCUGGGACAGCAGCCAGGCCCCCAUGGCCUGGCACUGAGCCCCUGCAUCCUCCCUGCUCAGGGCUGGCCUCGGCGCUGCUCCGCCAGGGAAACGCCAGCCCAGGAGCUGCAGGAAGAUGAUGUGCCUGCCUGCCUCUCCACCGGCGCUGAGGACGUGCCUGAGGCUCGGGCUCUUGGUGCUGCUCUGCCUUGGGAUAGGCCAAGCCCAGGAGAAGAAAGAGGUCAAAAGCAAAGCAGGGGAAAAGGCCAGCCUGCCUUGCUGCCAUGAAAUCCCCAGCUCAGAAAGCCUGCACAAGUACCGGGUGUACUGGCAGAAGAACGUCACGGACGUGGUGCUGGCCUACUCCGAGGGGAAGGUGAUCUCCCAGCACGAGCGGUACCAGAACCGCAUGGAGAUGGACCCCCGGAACCUCACGCUGUGGAUCUCCCCCCUGGAGAUCCUGGACAACGGCUCCUACCAGUGCGUGGUUCAGCGCAACUCUGUGCUGGUGUGCAGCGAGUCUGUCGUCCUCUCUGUCACAGCUGACUUCAGCAAGCCCAACAUUACGGCAGAAGUGUCCGCUGACUCCUGCGAGUUGACUGAGAUGGUGAUAACCUGUUCUUCUCACGGAGGUUUCCCCAAGGCCAGACUCUCUGGAGCCCUCAACAACGUGUCCAUGGAGUGGAAUGCCAGCUGGGUGUCUGAGUCCAGCUUCAGCCCCUACAAUGUCACUGGAAAAAGGGUGCUCAACGUGACCAAAGACGUCACCGUCACUUGCUCCGUUGAAUACAGUGGCUUUGCCACGUCCACCAGUUUGCUUCUGAAAAAAACAAACAACUGCGUUGUUCCUCCUGCGCCUCCACCUUAUAAUGUCAUUACUGCUUCAAUUAUCAUCGUUAUCACCUUCAUUCUGGCUAUCACCCUGGCAGCAAGAUACCUCCCAAGGCAUGUUUGUUCUCGCUGUUGCAAGCACCAGGAUUCUGUGGAAGAGGGUGUGAAAGAACACACAAAAGCACCCAUGAUCUCUAAAGUGACAGCUGAAACAUCAUCUGUAUGACCAGAUAGCAUUUGCAGGUUCUUGACGCUGUGCAUCCCGCGCUGCAGCCUCCACUGCUGGUUGUACAGCGAUGCUUGCUGCCUUGGCUCUCUGCGAGGGGGUGGCAGCAGCAGAACUCUCUGCUCACCACGGCUGGAACACGACCUCCUGUGGACGAUGCAACCCCUGCCCACGGCACAGAAACCCUGCGGUGCCCUCGCUACAGGCAUUCCAGCUGAGAGGAGCCUCCGUGUUCCUGCAGAAGGGGCAGAAGGAUGUCACCAGUGCCACACCAGGAUUCAGUACCCUGCUCUGUGACAACCUGUGACAAGUCUCUGUGACAAUCAGGGACCUGCAGAGCCCUAGCAGGGAGGCCAUGCCCACCUCCCCCUUCAGGAACACGGAGCUGCCCUGUGGGACACCCCGAAUCCUGACAUGCAAUCUCAUCAGUUUGUGCCUCCACGCUGCGGGUGGGAGCAGCCAAAGCUUCUUUAAUGUUGAUCCUCACGCAAGCAUCUCUUCUUCCUGCUGGAGGACUUUGGAUUUGGACUCGACCAUUACAGAUACACAUCCCUUCUCCCCUAAAGAGGAAAAAGUGGACAGGUUUUUCAUUAAAAAAAGACACCUUGGAAGCGAGUCUGUGUGCCUCAUGCUUAUUUGCAGCGCUAUGAAACUUUUUAGGGAAUGAUACACACUGACAGCACUCCUAAGAGCUAAUGAAUGUUGCUUACCCACUGCGGUGGCACAAGUUCUCAUCACCUUUGUCUCCUGAAAGGAUGAAAGGACAGCCUUGCCAGCCCAAGCACCAGGGUACAGCCACACCACCUGUGCACACACAUGGCCGAGCUUCCAAGUGCAUUCCUUCCUUCCCAGCCACACCUGUAAAGCCCCACUGGAACCUGUGUGACAGCCAGAGGUGAUCUCCUGUGUAACUGCUGUCAUCAAAUGUAACUCUGGGCCUUGCUUCAUGAACCUGGCUCUGCUUCUGCGUGUGCAUCUGCCAUGGGAUACUUGUUAGCGAAAGCUCUGCAGAUUUUUGGGAGUUUCUCACAGCAAUGUGAAGAUAUUUACUUUGCAUUGAACAUUGCUGCUUUCUGCCAGUGUUCUCUACCCAGCCAAGACUACAGGGAAUUUCCCUACAGGAUGCUAAUGUUGAACAGGACUCAUCUGAUCCAGGUGACAUUCUUGCCUACUGUGUAGGAAAAAAUGGCUUCUCAUUUUGAGGGAAAAGGAGGAAAAUGCCCCAACCCCCAAUAAGCUUCCCAAGCAACUCUGCCCUGAGUUUGACUGGAAUGUUUUUUUCCCUUUUGCUCUGCAAGCUGUACCCACUCCCUCACUGUUCUAUCCACGUUAUCAGGGCAAACCAAAGUCUGACAGCACAGUGCCAUCCUCUUUGUGGGAUAUGUUGUUACUUGAGCUGCUUAUCUUCCUAGGACACAGCAAAGACAUAGUCCAUCCAUUUCACUUUUUUUUCUACUUGGUACAUAUUGAGAAACUGCUGGAGAAAAUAGGAGGAUUAAAAAUGGUUUAUAGGAUACUGAGCUCUGAGAUUAAGUAAAAAAUGAGACAAUGCUCCCUUCCUACUCCUGCCGAGUCACACUGUGCCAUCACCUUUUUACUGCUUUCCCAUUGUGUCAAGUGUAAUGGGAACUGCAGAACAUUCUUGCAGAGGAGUUUUAGACAGAGAAAGGGAGGUAAGUUGUGAGGUAAGGAAACAGUUGCACUUGUGUGUUCUGGAUGCAAACAGAACACAAGUGACAGAAAUUAGGGUGUUUUCAAAAGGCAGCCUGACCUAUUGCAGGACUUGGUGCAUGAGUGAUGUGUGUCACACUUUCCAGGUUUCCUGUUAUUUCAGCCUAUGCUUGCUCCAGCACAAACCACCAGCUCCUUGCAGGCUGACCACCCUCUCCUGGCAUUCAGUUCCAACUUUGCUCAUUUCCAGCAGUGUUUUUCCUUAUAACCACACUGCAGCUGCACCUUGCCAGCCACACCACAGCUCAGCCAGCUGCACCAGCACAUUUUCCCUCUCACUACCCCAUGCUCUCUUCUUCUGCCCCUGACCAGUGAUUGUGCAGCCUCCUGGGGAAGGGUUUGUCUUUUGCUCUGUGCCAAACCUUUUCACAUCACCACAGACUCCAGUAACAGUUCCAGUAACUCCUUCUAAAGGAAUCCAAAAAUUUCACUGAUAAAUAUGUCUAGCAUCAGGUUAUUUGGUUCAUUUUUCAUUAAGCACUAAUACUCUGGAUCACGUUUUCUAUUGCCUUUGCUGUAUUCAGUGAGUUGCACACAAAUGGUUUCUGUGACACUUUCUCAGCUUCACAUCUGUCAUUGUAGCAAGUGAGCUGCUCUGUUUACCCUGGAUCUUUUGUAUAUAAUGCUUCCUGGGGUU